GUUUCUAAAGCGUACAACCGGAAGUUUCUGCUCGUGGCUUUGCAGGGACAGGGGAGCAGCCGAGGGGGUUGUGGCCGGUUGACUCAGGCGUGAUGGCUACAGGCGCAGAUGUGCGGGACAUUCUAGAACUCGGUGGUCCAGAGGGGGAUGCAGCUUCCGGGACCAUCAGCAAGAAGGACAUUAUCAACCCGGACAAGAAAAAGUCCAAGAAGUCCUCUGAGACACUGACCUUCAAGAGGCCUGAGGGCAUGCACCGGGAGGUCUAUGCACUGCUCUACUCUGACAAGAAGGAUGCACCCCCACUACUGCCAAGUGACACUGGUCAGGGCUACCGCACAGUGAAGGCCAAGUUGGGCUCCAAAAAGGUACGGCCCUGGAAGUGGAUGCCAUUCACCAACCCAGCCCGAAAGGAUGGAGCUAUGUUCUUCCAUUGGCGACGGGCAGCAGAGGAGGGCAAGGACUACCCCUUCGCCAGGUUCAAUAAGACUGUGCAGGUGCCUGUGUAUUCAGAGCAGGAGUACCAGCUGUAUCUCCACGAUGAUGCUUGGACUAAGGCAGAGACUGACCACCUCUUUGACCUCAGCCGCCGCUUUGACCUGCGUUUUGUAGUUAUCCAUGACCGGUAUGACCACCAGCAGUUCAAGAAGCGUUCUGUGGAGGACCUGAAGGAACGGUACUACCACAUCUGUGCCAAGCUUGCUAAUGUGCGGGCUGUGCCAGGCACAGACCUCAAGAUACCAGUAUUUGAUGCUGGGCAUGAGCGACGGCGGAAGGAACAGCUGGAGCGGCUGUAUAAUAGGACUCCAGAGCAGGUGGCAGAGGAGGAGUACCUGCUACAGGAGUUGCGCAAGAUUGAGGCCCGGAAAAAGGAGCGGGAGAAACGCAGCCAAGACCUGCAGAAGCUGAUUACAGCAGCAGACACCACCGCAGAGCAGCGUCGCACAGAACGCAAAGCUCCUAAAAAGAAGCUACCCCAGAAAAAAGAGGCCGAGAAGCCGGCUGUUCCUGAGACUGCAGGCAUCAAGUUUCCAGACUUUAAGUCAGCAGGUGUCACCCUGCGGAGCCAGCGGAUGAAGCUGCCAAGCUCUGUGGGUCAGAAGAAGAUAAAAGCCCUGGAACAGAUGCUACUGGAGCUUGGCGUGGAGUUGAGCCCAACCCCCACAGAGGAGCUUGUGCACAUGUUCAAUGAGCUGCGGAGUGACCUGGUAUUGCUCUACGAGCUUAAGCAGGCUUGUGCCAACUGCGAGUACGAGCUGCAGAUGCUGCGGCACCGGCAUGAGGCACUGGCCCGGGCAGGUGUGCUGGGGGGCCCAGCCACAUCAGCAGUGGGCCCAGCUCCAGCCUCUGCUGAGCCUGCAGUGUCUGAACCUGGACUUGGCACUGACCCCACCAAGGACACCAUCAUCGAUGUGGUGGGUGCACCCCUCACGCCGAAUUCGCGGAAGCGACGAGAAUCAGCCUCCAGCUCUUCUUCUGUGAAGAAAGCCAAGAAGCCAUGAGAGGCCACUGGGGUGUGGGUGGUGCUGUGGUGUAAAUAGAGCUGCUGAGUUGGACUAGGC